AUGGCCAGGCAUCCCUACCGACAAAUCCGCGCCAAAUAUACCUCCACUACCAUCACCGUCUACCAGGCAUACAGCCCCUCCAUUGCAGACGCCGCAGUGGAUGCCCAGAAAUUUGUCCCUCCGUUCUCUCGCACACGCAUGACCUGGAUCAAACCCUCCUUUCUGUGGAUGGCGUACCGAUCCGGCUGGGCCAGGAAACCCAAACAGGAACGCGUUCUAGCCAUCGAUAUCACGCGGGAAGGCUUUGAGUGGGCGUUACAGCAUUCCUGUCUGUCACAUUACCCCGGGCACGACGUGGAGGAGAAGGCGAAGUGGCAGAAGCGGCUCCAGAAUAGUCCAGUGCGGGUGCAGUGGGAUCCAGAGAGGGACUUGCAGUUUACGCCGUUGGAUUACCGGUCUAUUCAGAUUGGACUGAGUGCAGACGCAGUGGACAAGUACGUGGAUGACUGGAUUGUUGGGAUUACGGAUGUGACGGAGGUUAUGAGGCAGAUCGAGAAAUGCCUGGCCGAGGACAGGAUGGAGGAUGCGACGAGGUUGGUGCCUGCAGAAGAGGUAUAUCCAUUGUCCGAGGAGUUGAAAGGCAUUCUCGAGGCUACUUGA